AUGGUCAAAAUCAAGGGGACCGCCAAGCUGUUCAAAGAAGACCAAGAUAUAGAACUUUCGAUCUUUGCGCCAUUUGCCGAUUACCUCUCUCCUGAAGUUCGCUCUAUCACCGUCGAUGAUGAUGGUCUUCUUAUCGGAGUUUCGACAGAUUCAGGAGAGGACAAUAGUCCAUAUGUUGCAUAUCCACCCUUAGCAAUCUGUGACACCCUUUCUUAUUGUCGGAAAAUUCAGAAAUCUGAGUUACAAGAGCUCGAUCGGCUUGGUCCAUUUGUUGAUCUUGUGUCCUAUAAGGAUGAGGGCGGGACGCCUCACAAGGUUGUUUUCAAGUUCAAUGUGAUGGAUAAGCCGCUCAGACUACAAAUGGCCUGGGACGAAAUCAAUAUUCUAAGCCUUUUACCGCCACAUCCUAAUAUACUACCAUUUGACCGUAUUGUGGUCGAAGGAGAAGAAUCCAGGGUGCUUGGCUUUACAACGCGGUAUAUCCCAGGUCAAACGCUGGACAAUCCAAAAAUCCCAUUCCGGUUUGAAUGGUUGCAACAGCUCACUCAAGUGGUGGAUUUUCUCAAUUUGGAAUUAGGGAUUAUGCAUCAAGAUAUUGCUCCUCGGAACCUUCUUAUCGAUGCCGAGACUGAAAAGAUUCUCCUUUUCGACUUUGACCGUGCUGCAUCCGGAAAGAAAAACUUAUCUAAUGGUCCAGACGAUGUGACUGCCGUUGCAUUCACUCUUUAUAAGCUCAUUACAAAUCACGAGUCCUUCUCGCAUAUCCCUCAUUGGGAUCGAACUAUACAUCGGGUUCAAAAUAUUUCUGAGUGGCCGAGUCACCGCCCCUUAGAUGCUAAAGUGGCCAAAUUUCGCAACUUCUUGAAUGAAUGGAUAGAAACACGAUCUGAUGGGGAUAUGAAGCGAUAUCUCAAUGCACCACGUCGAUUCACAUGGCCGGACCGGCCUGAAGCGUCUGAGUACAGUGUACCAUUCCAGUUGGGCACAUUCACAGAUGGCAAACCAUAUAUGACAACGGGUCCUCGAUCUAGAAGAACCGCAAUGAAGUUGGGCAGUAUUGCUUUCGCUGGGAACGACCCCCACAGAGCCGGUUGUUGA